GUCAUCCAAUUUUUGUUAUUAUUUUUUUUUUUUUAAUUUCCCUUUUUUUUUUUCCCACUUUUUUUAUUUAUUUGAAAAAGGUAUUAUUGUGUUCAAUAAGUGAAAGGACGAUAAAGAUAUAAAGAUGCUAUCAAAGGAGUUGACGCCCAAAGCGGUCAAUAUUAUUCGACCGACAAGAGCAGAGGCACUUAACUAUUCUUCUUCUACAGAUUCCUCUACUAGUUUCUCUUUUACCACCAGUUCCGCGUCGACGACUUCGCCCAUGAUUCGUCAACCAUCUGUCGAGACUAACCCGGGACUUUCUUUCUUUUGUCAAUCACCUCUGCUUAAACAACCUCCUCCUCAGCAACAACUGCAACAACAGCAGAUCCACCAUGCGUCGUUUGAAAAGAUUCAGUCUCAACCUCCUCUUGUCAUUAGUCGAAUCAACCUGACAAGAAAGCACACCACUGACCCCAUCGACGACAUUGAUACUGAGGAGUCUAUUCCAGCAGUCAAACAAAACCCUGUCACCCCUCCCAUCACACACCCCGUCAAAUUACCGUCCUUCAAAACAGGCUUUGGUAUCAUGACAGGUGGGUUAGCCUCCUUUAUGUUACGAGGCAAUAUUACUUCUCCCGUCCUACCUGAUGAUGCCAGAGCAAAUCGAAAGAUCCAAGACUUGGAAAUUGAGAAAAAGUCCUUAUUAACACUAAACCAAACAUUGGAGACCGUUGUCAAAGAACAGUCCAAUACCAUCCAUGAUUUACAAGAUAGAUUAGCUGCAAUAGAAAGGCCACUGACUCCUGGCUUGGACACUUCCACAAGUAAGAACGGUAUCAUGUCUUGCACAGAUCUGGUACAACAAUCAUCUGACCUACAACGGUGUUUAGAGGACGAGGAUGCAGCGUUUGAAAGAAUUCGGAUCAUGUUGCUUGACCUUAUUGAGCAGGCUCAAUCAGCCGUUUUGCAGAACAAAAAAGUCGUGCGGGUGACGGAAGCGGAGGCUACACGGACGAGACCAAGGUCAGCACUAGGCACACGCAACAGCAUCACUCCAAAUAGAUCAGCAGCAGCAGUUGCAGGAGGAACGAGAAGGACAUCGCUGGGCAGCAUAAACAACACUCAUCAUGCAAACAAACAAAUCUCUUUUUCUCCCACCACCUCACCUAUACCUCAUAGACGUUCCUCUAUACAACGUACGCCUUCUUCUACCAUUAUGACAAAAAGUGCGAGUAAUAGUUCCAUGCAUUCCACAUACUCGAACGCCUCUUCUACAACAUCAAGAGCAUCAAAGUAUAGUAUCAAAAAAGAACGGGAUUCCACUCCCAAGAAAUGGAGCAACUAACUAUAACAAAAAACAAAAAAAAAAAAAAAAUUAAGCUUAUGACAACACAACAAAAAAAAAAAAAAAAAAAAAAA